GUUUCCCUGGCUGGGAAGUUAUGAUUUACUAACUCUGCCGUUGUAGGGUUGGCAAUCCAGGCCUGACAGCAGCCAGGUGCUUUUUGUCAGGAUUUGUUUUAUGUUUCUUUAACAAGUGUCCUCUAUGCUCCACUGGUUGCUUUUGAAAACUUAAACUUAAAAAUUUCAGCUAAAUAACUUACUGACUUAAUAAACUGCAGCUGGUUGAGUGACAGACAGCUGAUCUUUCGCUUGUUCUCUGGUUGCCUAGCAACGCCAAAUGUAGAGGGCUGCACUGCUUUGAAAGCCACGAUUAAAAAUGAAAUAAAAUAGAAUAAAAUUACGCUAAAUUAAGAAUAGUAAGGGAAUGCUUUUUUCACGUGUUAGCGUUAAAUAUCAUGAAGCGUCUACUGUGACUUACGUUGUCUUUAAAUCGGCGCCACAGUCAGCUAAAAAUCGGCUUUAGGACCCAGGUACGCCGCAGCCAGCAGACACCGGUUGAUGAGAUGGUCCACUCGGCAUUACACAUCUAAUUACCCGACAAAGAGCGGUUGUUACCCCCCAGGACAGAGUAGUCGGAGGUAAACUUAGCAGGCGGUGGAGGCGGACGAUUAUAACGAGAGAGGCGAGAGCAUUUUUCGCUGUCUUUGUCCAACCGCGUCACCCCGCACCGUGGCAAGAAGACCCGCCGCUUGUCUCACCGGCGACAACCAUGAGCCAGAGGUUCACCGUCUCCAAGAGCGACGGCGACCGGCGCCCCUCCGACAUCCAGGGGGAGGUGAACCAGCUGUUUGAGGGAGACGAGCCCCCGACCAGCAGCGCAGCGGAGGGGGAGGAUACUGCCGGUACCGAGGUGGUGGUUGUGCUGAAAGGCGACAGUAACCCCAAGGAGAGCAGCCCCUUCAUCAACAGCAGUGAUGCUGCCGCAGAGAAGAGCCAGCAGUAUGAUGGCAAGAACAUGGCCUUGUUUGAGGAGGAGAUGGACACCAGCCCCAUGGUGUCAUCUCUUCUCAGCAGCUUGGCCAACUACUCCAACCUGCCCCAAGGUAGCAAGGAGCACGAGGAGGCCGAGAACAACGAGGCUGAGUCAUCGCGCAAGAAACCCGUCAAGGCCCCCCAGCUCGGCACUCUGAUGGGCGUCUAUCUGCCCUGCAUCCAGAACAUCUUCGGAGUGAUCCUCUUCCUCAGGAUGACCUGGUUGGUGGGAAUCGGAGGCGUCAUUGGGACUUUCAUCAUCGUAUUCAUGUGCUGUGCCACAACCAUGCUGACUGCCAUCUCGAUGAGUGCCAUCGCUACCAAUGGAGUAGUGCCAGCUGGAGGCUCCUACUACAUGAUAUCCCGUUCACUGGGCCCUGAGUUUGGGGGAGCAGUGGGGAUCUGUUUCUACCUAGGGACCACCUUCGCUGGAGCCAUGUACAUCCUGGGGGCCAUCGAGCUCCUCCUGAUCUACAUAGCUCCCAAAGCAGCCAUCUUUCCCCUGGAGGGGCUGGAAGGUGCCGAAGCGGAGGCGGCCCUGCUUAACAACAUGCGCGUGUACGGGACCAUCCUGUUGUUCUCCAUGGCCACUGUGGUCUUUGUCGGCGUGAAGUACGUCAACAAGUUGGCCCUCGUGUUUCUUGCCUGCGUGAUUCUCUCCAUCCUGGCCGUCUACGCCGGGGUCAUCAAGACCGCCAUCGAUGCUCCCGAUUUCCCUGUGUGUAUCUUGGGGAACCGCACUUUGGUGUGGAAGAGCUUUGAUGUGUGUGCCAAGACCAUUGAGACAGCUAAUGGGACAGUCACCACCCAGCUGUGGCGCAUGUUCUGUGAUUCACCUUUCCUCAAUGCAACCUGCGACAAGUACUUCGCCGCCAACAAUGUGACUAGGGCCCAAGGAAUCCCGGGGGUCACCAGUGGAAUCCUGGCAGAGAACCUGUUUGGGACCUACUACGAGAAGGGGGACCUGAUUGCCAGGUCAAACAUGUACUCAGCAGAAGAACAGGAUGAUCCUCUGACCAACGCUAACCGCUAUGUGUUGGCAGACAUUACCAGCUUCUUUACGCUGCUGGUUGGCAUCUACUUCCCCUCUGUGACAGGGAUCAUGGCUGGCUCCAACCGCUCCGGAGACUUGCGCGAUGCCCAGAAAUCUAUCCCCAUCGGAACAAUUGCAGCCAUCACCACCACCUCCACUGUCUAUAUGUCCAGCGUGGUUCUGUUUGGUGCCUGCAUUGAGGGUGUAGUCCUCAGAGACAAGUUUGGGGAGGGUGUGCACGGGAACCUGGUGAUUGGCACAUUAGCUUGGCCAUCACCGUGGGUGAUCGUGAUUGGCUCCUUCUUCUCAACCUGCGGGGCAGGGCUGCAGAGCUUGACAGGAGCUCCUCGUCUCCUGCAGGCCAUCGCAAAGGACAGCAUCGUGCCCGCCCUUCGGAUCUUUGGCCAUGGGAAGGCCAACGGAGAACCCACAUGGUCCCUCCUGCUGACAGCUUGUAUCUGUGAGAGUGGCAUCCUGAUUGCCUCCCUGGAUUCAGUGGCUCCCAUCCUCUCCAUGUUUUUCCUAAUGUGCUACAUGUUUGUGAACCUGGCCUGUGCCCUGCAGACACUGCUGAGGACUCCAAACUGGAGACCUCGCUUCAAGUUCUACCACUGGGCUUUGUCCUUCCUGGGCAUGAGCUUGUGUCUCACUCUUAUGUUCCUCUGCUCCUGGUACUAUGCCAUCGUCGCCAUGGCAAUUGCAGGCUCCAUCUACAAGUAUAUCGAGUUCGCAGGCGCGGAGAAAGAGUGGGGUGACGGGAUACGAGGUCUGUCUCUGAGUGCUGCACGUUAUGCUCUGAUGCGGCUGGAGGAAGGUCCCCCGCACACCAAGAACUGGAGGCCUCAGUUGCUGGUGCUGGUCAGUACAGACGCCGAGCAAAAUGUGGAGCAGCCUCGUCUGUUUUCUCUAACCAAUCAGCUAAAGGCAGGAAAAGGUCUAACCAUUGUUGGGACGGCUCUGGAGGGCACCUACCUAGAGAACUAUGAGCAGGCCCAGCGUGCAGAGCAGGCAUUGCAUAAACUGAUGGAAACUGAGAAGGUGAAGGGCUUCUGUCAAGUGACCGUGUCUUCAAACCUGCGUGAUGCUACAUCUCAUCUAGUACAGGCCAGUGGACUGGGAGGCCUGAAACAUAACGCUGUGCUGGUCUCCUGGCCACGCAACUGGAAGCAAGGAGACGAGCACCAGACCUGGAGGAACUUCAUCGAGCUGGUCAGAGAAACCACAGCUGCUCACCUGGCUCUGCUCGUCCCUAAGAACAUCUCGGCCUUCCCAUCCAAUGGUGAGCGCUUCACUGAGGGUCACAUCGACGUGUGGUGGAUCGUCCAUGAUGGAGGCAUGCUGAUGCUGCUGCCCUUCCUUCUCCGCCAGCACAAGGUUUGGAGGAAGUGCAAGAUGCGCAUCUUCACUGUGGCCCAGAUGGACGACAACAGCAUCCAGAUGAAAAAGGACCUGACCACAUUCCUCUAUCAUCUCCGUAUUGACGCUAUGGUGGAAGUUGUAGAAAUGCAUGACAGCGACAUCUCAGCCUAUACAUACGAGAAGACCCUGGUGAUGGAACAACGGUCGCAGAUGCUUAAACAGAUCAACCUGACCAAGAAUGAGCGUGAGAGAGAGAUCCAGAGCAUCACUGACUCAUCUCGUGGGUCUAUCCGCCGUAAGAACCCAGCCGCUGUGACCACCCAGCUGAGUGUGACCGAGGAUCCGCCAGCAGCCAGCAAGGAGGAGAAGCCUGAGGAAGAGUCAAAGUCGGCCUCUUCCCCUGUGUCCUCCCCUGCUCAGGUCCAGCUCAUCCAUGACAAUACCACCCCAGCCAGCCCCGCCACCCCAGCCACCCCGCUGACCCCCACAGAGGGGGCUCAGAGCCCUGGGGAGCAGAUCCAGAUGACCUGGACUGAGAAGUGUGACGGGGAGCCUGCCAAGCCGCCCGGUGCAGCCACACCAGAGGGCAUCAAAGACAUCUUCAACAUGAAGCCUGAGUGGGAGAACCUGAACCAGUCCAAUGUGCGACGUAUGCACACAGCGCUCCGGCUGAAUGAAGUCAUCAUGAAAAAGUCCUCAGAGGCCAAGCUAGUCCUCCUCAACAUGCCCGGGCCGCCCAAGAACCGGACAGGUGACGAGAACUACAUGGAGUUCCUCGAGGUCCUCACUGAGGGUCUUAACCGGGUCCUCCUGGUCCGCGGCGGCGGCCGCGAGGUUAUCACUAUCUACUCCUGAAAGAGCAACCCCCUCCCUAACUAUCACCUCUCCACCCUUCCCUCAGCCCUCUUCCCGUGUCACCUGUGCUCCUGCCCUCUCAUCAACGCUGCUUCAUCAUCGUCACGUCGCCCCUUACCGUUUAUUUCUGUAAGAUAAUCCUCUCACACCCAACCAAUAGCUCAGCUCAGCUUCAGCACCUCUCCCUCUGCUCCAUCCCCAGCAGAUCGAAGAGCAGUGUCACAUGCUUAGCUACUAAACCUUUCAUUUUAGUCUCA